GGUGGUGCUAGCAUUGCAGGGAAAGACGAGUUAUGUUAACGUGAAGGAACAUUGUCCAGGAUAUAUGCAUGUAAUGUAGAAGAACAUGAAAAUGUAAUCGACUAUCUCGUACCGUCCGUGAAAAGUUGCAAAUUGUGAUUCUAAAAACCAAAUCAGUGUUGACGCCCCAAAUAAAUUGGUUUGAAUGCUAAGAUUCGUGUUCCUUUUUAUUGAUCGUGUUUGAGUGUGCCGUCUUUGUUAAUACCGUGUGAUUUGUCGAGAAGUGCUUCUGUAGUUUCAGCCCAAAGUAGUAAUGUGAAAUAAUUGAUUGCUCCAGAGCCCAACAUUUAAUAAACGAAAAUGCAUGUUGACGUGAGAUAGCAUUGGGGAACUGCUGCCUGGAAAUAAAGCCAUUUAAAUUACAAAAACAUGGGUUGCUGCUCGUGCACAGUGAAAACAAAACAAAUUUUGGUGUUUGGCAUUGGAGGAGGCCUUUUAGUCGUAGGACUUUUUAUUGGUGGCUUCAUGAACAUGAUAGUCGACAGUGUUCUGAGUUCUGCAAUGGUUCUAAGGGAAGGUUCCUUGACUUAUGAAAAGUGGAUAAAAUUGCCAGUAGAUUUGUAUAUGGAGUUCUAUAUGUUCAAUGUAACCAAUUCUGAGGAAUAUGCAAAGGAUCAAACCAUUAAACCAAUACUAAAAGAAAUGGGACCUUAUGUAUUCAGGGAGUAUCACGGAAGGAAUAUUUUAGGCUGGAAUGACUAUAAUGGUACCGUAACAUUUCAGAAUAUCAGAACUUGGCAGUUUGCUCCAGAGCUUUCUAGUGGACUUGAGGAUGAUUUGAUUAUGACAAUAAAUGCUGUUCCUGCAACUCUUAAUUACCUAGCUCGUUUAAUGGGACCUGUGGAACGAGUUUUCCUAUCAUCCUUGUUGACUGUGUCUGGAGAAGGAAUGUUUAUAAACAAGACUGUGAGAGAAUUGUUGUUUGAUGGUUACCAGGACCCAAUACUGGAUGUUGUAAAUAAAUUGAACACGUCUAUUUCAAUACCAUUUAAGCAGUUUGGAUACUUUGUUGAUCGUAAUGGUUCAGAAACGUAUGAUGGUGUGUUCAAUAUGUAUACUGGUAAGGACAACAUCGAGCUUCUGGGUACAGUUGCCAAAUGGAAUUACAACAGUUCUACACCUUACUACGAGCGACCAUGCAGCGAUGUCACGGGCACCACUGGAGAACUCUGGGGGCCAAUCAGAAAUAAAAAUGAUGUUGGGAUAUUUGCUCCUGACAUUUGUAUGACACUGAAGUUGAAAUACAGUGGUGCAGCAGAGUUAAAUGGAUUGGAAGGCUACAGCUACCUUUUGCGGGACAAUGCAUUCAACAAUAGUGACCCUGAAGCAUCUUGCACAUGUCUACAAGAUACAGAUUGUGUACCUGCUGGCCUAUUGAAUGUAUCUGCUUGCCGCUAUAAUGCACCUGUCUUUGUAUCACGGCCGCACUUCUUAUUGUCUAACUCAUCACUCCUUGAUGCCGUUGAGGGACUGAAGCCUGAUCCAGAAAAACACAAAUUAAGACUUGGUCUUGAACCUACUACUGGAGCACCCAUGUUUGUGGAUGCACGUUUGAUGUUGAACUUGCUGCUUGAACCUGUGAAACACAUUAAGAUGUUUGAGAAUCUCCCCAGGAGGAUAUAUUUUCCAGUAUUUUGGUUCAACCAAAAGGCAGUACUUAGCGAUGAAUUAAGUACAUUAGCGAAACUAGUGCAGAUAGCACCUGAUGUCGGAAUGGGUGUUUUCUUUGGAUUAGCUGGAAUUGGAGCUUUGAUGCUAUUCAUUGGAAUAAUGCUGACUGUGCGCCAUGGUUGGAAAGGCUCAGACACACAAGGGCUAAUCUAUGAAAAUUAAGAAUGCAUUGAUUCAUCAAAUUCAUAUUGAAGUGCCUUCAAACGAACAUGGAAAAAGACCCACCUUAGACACAGCUGUCACAUAAUUUUGUGCGGUUUUCACUAAGAAUUUUGUGGCCUUUCUAAAAGUAUUUUUGGUACUUUUGUGUGCCCUGAUAAAGUAAGGUUUUCCGUUGUCUCUGGUAUUCUUUUGUAUCUCGGCUAAAGAAUUCAGUUUUCAAGUUGUAGUUUGAUUAUUAGUGGGAAGCUAUAUAGCGAAGAGUGAAAUGAUGAUACAUUUAAAAAUAAUGCAGCUUACAGCAUGUGUCACAUUUAGAUUCUACAACUUGUAGUUCAGGAUAUAUUGUGUGUGUGUGUGUGUGUGUGUGUGUGUGUGUGUGUGUGAGAGAGAGAGAGAGAGAGAGAGAGAGAGAGAGAGAG